ACCCCCGCCAAAACCCUUCGUCGUUAUCACUGCCGCUGCAAAAUCAAUCCGAAACCCUAAAUUUGUUUUGCCAAAAUGAAAAUCACAAAACGGUUCAAUCGAGUCGUUGAACCCUUGAAUGAUCCGAAACCUCUAAUCACUAAGAUCAAACCAAAUUUGAAGCAGAAAUCAAAAACAAAACCUAGAACAAUCAAGCAAAAAUCCCAGUCCCAGUCCCAUCUUCGUUCAUUAGAAUCAAAACCCACAUUGUUGCUGGAGAAACCCCUAAUAUUGGGUUCUGAAUUUUACCAAAUUGACGCCCUCGAUCUUGCACCUCGAUUGCUUGGCAAGUACCUUAAGAGAGAUGAUGUCGUUCUGCAGAUCACAGAGGUAGAAGCUUAUAGAUCUAAUGAUUCAGCUUGUCAUGGUCGAGUUGGCGUUACUGCAAGAACUGCUCCCCUUUUUGGAGCAGGAGGACAUGCUUAUGUUUAUCUUUGCUACGGUCUGCAUACCAUGCUCAAUGUUGUGGCUGACAAAGAAGGAAUUGGAUCGGCUGUCUUGAUUCGUUCUUGUGCUCCUGUCACCGGGUUGGAAACCAUAAAAGCGCGCCGGGGUUUGGAUACGGAGAAGCCGGUUCUUCUUACUGGGCCUGGCAAGGUGGGUCAAGCCCUAGGGAUUUCAACAGAUUGGUCUGGUCAUGCUCUCUUCACUCCUGGUGGUCUGGAAGUGUUGGAUGGUCCGGAAGUGCAGGAAAUCGUAGUAGGGAGACGGGUUGGGAUAGAAUAUGCAUUGCCUGAAGAUGUUGGUGCAUUAUGGAGGUUUGCAAUUGCAGGUAGCCCUUGGAUAAGUGCUCCUAAGAACACCCUCAGCCCCACCCCCACCCCAUCUUAAUGUUGUAUUGCAGAGGGGAUGGAUCAAAGGGUCUUUCCAUACACUUUCUUGAAUUGUUACAAAAGGAUCAAAGUGCUUGGGCAACUGUGACCAGAACCGGUUACGAAAGGUCCGGGCCCGGUAAUUAUGUUACAAUUUUUGAAGCUGGAUCGGUUAAGGAACUGGUUCACCAUGGCUUGGUUAUUGUUCUUUUUUUAAUGUUAUUCACCAAAUAGUCAUAUGACCCUUUUUGUUCUUUUAACCAUUUUGCUCCAAGUAUAAAUAUAGAUG